UAUUUCGAGCAGUAUCAGCCGGUUCCGUUGCCCGUUAUACUUGGAGUCGCAUACCGAGAACGAAAUUUUUUUCAAGUCGACAGUUUCAGUGCCCUUUAACUUUUACCACCGCUACCCCUCCGCCUCCCUGUUGAACAGUGCCCUUUAGCCUUUACCACCGCUACCCCUCCGCCUCCCUGUUUCAACAGGUAAGUCCUUAUGUAUCACGUCCAAUUUUUUGCCCAAAAAGAACAAUCUUAACUGUUACCGAUCCUAAUACUAUUUUCGAAUUCGGUAUUAACGCGCCAUUUUUCAAGAAAAUUUAAUUAACGAUCGUAUAGUCAACUUUCCGCAGUUGGCAGGCUGUUUGCAAUAAUUAAUAAGUACUAAUUACCAGCAAGUCAAUAUCAUGGCUAUAGACCCGCAAGCACUGCAGAAUAUGCUUAACACCGUUAAUGCCGCUUCCGCUCAGCAGAAUGCAGCUUUACAGCAAAGCCUACAGAAUAACGCUACUGCACAUCAGAAUUUAUUGAAUUUUUUGAAUAACCAGAAUGCCGCUGCAGUUACCCGUAUAACAUCUCUCGAAAUGGGUGAUUUGCCGAAGUUUGGUGGUUUUCCUUACGAAGACGCUCAGGACUUUUUAACACAGUUUGAGACGAUGGCCGUUGCUAAUAAUUUCACACCAGCUAACAGAAUCCAACAUUUUGCGCUCUGUUUGAGGAACAACGCUCUUCGCUGGUAUACCGCAGAACCAGCAGGUAUCACAUGGCCAGACCUCCGAUCACAUUUUUUAACAGCUUUUGGAAAAACUCGUUUUGAACUUGAUCUUAUGAAUGAAGGUUGUCGUACAUUAGCAUUUACAGAUCCUCGUACUUUUGUCCACCGUGUCCUUGAUUACGUGGAAGCCAGUAAUCCCGCAGCUACCGAAGCAGAAAAAACAGUUCGUCUCUUCGAAGCCUUGCCCCUUGAAUUUAAACCGGCAUUCGUGACUAACAGCCCCAGAACCGUAGCCGAUUUUUUUAAUCGUUUACGUGAUGUGUCCGUUAAACAACAAUACAAACUCUCGCUGCAUAAUCAGAACUCGUCGUAUCAACUGUUAAACAAUGUCGCAGGUCAGUCAAGUCUUUUGUCGCUGAACAGCUCGCCGACAGCGCCCAGCUCUAAUCAGAUAGAGAUUGUCGCUCAUAACCUGAUGAAAGGUUUGGAUGAAAGACUAAAGCAUCUUGCUGAACAAAUAAAGUGUUUACAGGAGAAUAACGAAUCACAGGGCAGUUACGAUCCUUCCCAGAAUUACUUAACGGGUAAUGCGAACCGGUCAACCCUUCGACUCACAGAUGCGCCAGGCCAGGUUAAUGGAUGUUCUAAUUGCGGUAACUAUGAUCAUCUUUCGUAUGCUUGCCCGUUUGGAGGUGGCCACUCUACGCAGGCACAGUAUGCACAGGCAGAACAAGAUUCUGAAGAUCGUUAUCCGAUGUCAUUCGGUGUAGCACAGCAUCCGCCAACGACGCAGCAACUGGCUCUUAACACACCCGGUAAAUGACCAUCUCAGGCGCAACAGUUUAGGUCUGCAGAAUCUCAGGACACCGGUAGUGCACAGUCGGCGUAUUCGAGAUGGCAGAUUUAACUUUUCUGGUCUAAUUGUCGUUCGUUCGUGUGAAUUUGUUUUCGUUUCGUAGACUUACGUGCUCUUGAAACUUUUGUUCGUAUUUCAAUAUUGCGUUUUAUAUUAGUGAUGCCUGCCCGUUGAUUUUGAAGGCUGCAGCAGUAUUUAUUGUUAUUGAGGAGAGGGCAGAUGAGUGAGGAAAUUUUUGAGGUUGACAGCGCUGAUUCGCUGAAUAUUUGUUUGAUUUGUUUGAUGAUGGCCAGAUGUGAAAAGCCUCGCGAUGGUAACGGUAAUCGUUAAUGUCAAUGUCAUGUGCAGAAAUGAUUUUGGGAUAUAUUUAAACUGUUAUCGCAUAUGUGCUGUAUCGCUUAAAUCUUAUUUAUCAUUAAUUCUCGCCGCUGGUUCGGCUAAUGACAUAAAAUGCCAGAUGUUGUCGUCUUGUUUCGGGCAGUCAGAGAUCGUUAAUGUCAACUUAAAUUAUAUAAUUUUGAAUAAAAUCUUGAAAAUCCAGAUGUACUGCCAGUAAAAGUUAAAAAUAAAUUAAAGCUUUUCGAUUCCAGGGAAAACAAGAUCAUAAAUUUAAAUGUCAGCGUUCACAACACAUGACGGCAUACUUGGCACAAAAACAUAAAUAUUAUUUUUCGAAAUUCCCAUUAACUGGUGCAGUUAUGUUUUACUACGGCAAUAUGCGCAUGGAUUUUGGGCAACGGACAAUUAUGAAUGUUCGUUCUGACUACGAAGAAAAUAACUGAAUGGUUCGAUUUUAUGGUUGUGUAAACUGUAAAGUGUAUGGUAAACAUUUUGCGCUCUUUUAUUUAACUAAUAAUCUCGUCGAACAGAAGCCGCAGCUUGGUCACCCUUGUAUACCACGGCAGCUCAAGUGCGCCUAUAAACGGUCCCUGUUGGUUCAAUUCUCUCAAUUAAGCCCUAAACAUCUGACGAUUUCAAUGAGCAAAUGCUAAAAAAGUCAUCUAAUUUUGGAAACACUUGCCUUAUGCACAACAGCGAAUAAUUUCUGGCAACUUUGUGUUACCCCGGUCGAGCUCGCCUGCUGGUAGUCUACCAUCAUCGCUGCUGCACAGUGCUUCUAAAGGUAAGUAUUUUGUUUAUUUUAAAACGUAAAAGCUGUCUAAAAAAAUUUUUAUAUUUCGUGCGUAUAUCGCGGUACUGGAAAGAUGGGCGUCCCUCCCAUAGUACGGGUACAAUAAAGUUUUUGUUCUGAAGUCAUGCAUUGUGUGAGGGUAUUUCGCUGAUAUUGUUUGGACUUGACUUUGACUCUGCGGAUAAAUUUUCAUAAAGCCGCGGAAGGCAACAGUAGUAUCAUUAUCGAUUCACUUUUUAAAAGUUUUUUGUGCUUGUCUCGUUAAUGUUUAUGUCAUAGUGUAAAAGCGGAAAUGAUUUUCAGUAACUGAAGAACAGCAAUUUUAACAGAGAGUAGUGCCACUUCCGUAAUAUUAACGGUCUGCAUCUUUUGUUAUUUCCUGCCACUCAUAAUUUUAUUAGCAGCCAAACGUAUGUCACAUCUUGUCCGCUAUUUUCCAUUUUUUUUAAUCUUGGCCAUACCAGUCGUUCACCUUUUUCAUCCGGUCGUGCUAUUCUCAGCAAAUCUGUAUAGCCAGAACAGGGAAGAGCACUGCAUUUGCUGAAUACUUGUUUUCCAUUUGGCCCGAUGAAGCACCUCUCGAUUUUAUUAGGAAAGUUUCUCCAAAAUUCGAAAAACAAAAUACUUAUUUUCGAACAUAAGUGCACCUACUGAGUACACUACUCUUUGUACAGAUUUACAUAAUUAUGGCGCCUAUCCUUAGCUCACUGUUUAAGCCUCACAGAAAAUUUCAAAGUCCUCUCAUUCCCAGCAUUUUCUCCGCGUCGCCGAUAUUAGGCGACUGCAAUUCCCAGCUUUCUCCCUCCUCUCUUUCGCUUUCUCCCCGCUCUAUCUUUUUUCUUGUUCACGCCUCUCAGUUCUCAUAUGUCCAUGCAGACCCGUGGCAUCUCUUCAUACAAACUGAGAGCAAAGGUUAUCUCUUGCUCCUAUCAUUCUGUCUGCACUGCUGAUCCUCAUAACUCUGUCUUGCCACUCAUCACUCGGAUUCACCCCAUUGUAACGCGCUCGCUUUACGCAGUAUUGCUCUCGUGCCUUUGUUUCCUCCAUCUCAUCCGCAUUGUCUUCUUAACCCAUCUCAUCCGCAUUGUCCUCUUAUCUCGCUCCUGUCAUUGUGCAUUCAUGAAUCAUCGUCGCAUUAUUAAGCCAUACAAUCUCAUACACUUCACUGAUUGUAAGAAUUUGGCGAGGAUUUUUUUUAAAGAUUGCGUUUCGGGAAUAUCCGAUUUGUUUUGCGGAAAUUGCAAUGAUUGAAUCCUUGAAUUAAAUUAGCGCGUUAAUUCAAAAUUACGAAAAAAAAUACAUGUAAAUAUAGGUAGGGUUGCGUCAAUGUGUGUUCAAGUUUUUCAGAACCAGAAGUUUGUAAUGAUUUUCUACUGGAAUACUGACAUCGUGGACAUCGAUAUUACACUUCCUUUCCCAAGACCAUUAUGAACCCCGAUGUCGCAUGUCUGUGUGGACUAAGUGGUCAUUCUUCAACGUCGGAUGGAUCGUCAGACGGAUACAAUAAUUAACGUCUUACGUGGAACCGGACGGAUAGUCGGAUACAGCAACUAUCGUCUUACGUGGAACGCUUCGGAUGUUACCUGCCAUAUUUAAUUCUAAUUUUGCUAAUAAUGUUUUCGCACUAAAUCUACGUUUUGUACUCCCAAAAAAAUCUGAGCGUGAUUUCUCUAAUGUUUUUGCACACAUUGAUUCUCUUUUCUAUAUGUUUUUGUUUGUUUUUUCCUGAAAACAUUCUGUUUUCAGUCUGGUAAGAGGGGAGUGUAACGGGGGAUUCCUGUCUUAUGUAUUAGUAUGUAUGAGUAUGUGCUGGUUGUCCCGCCUCUUGUGUUUCCUGUUCCUGUACGAGCGGUUCAGUAUAUAUAGCGUUGUAUUUCCUGUGGUA